UAAGUAUAGUUCUUACGUUUUUAGGAAAAUCACAAAAUAUCAUACAUUUACCAAUUUCGGAGGACGAUGCAGCUUUACACAUGUUUUAAAAGAUUUAUACAUUACUAAAGUAUUUAUCUAUUAUCCAUAAUUUUGCAACCAAAGGAUUUUGUGGACAUGCUUGCCUAGUGGAGGAAUUUGAUGCUGCACACCACCCAAACCAAAAAUAAACAAAAAUGGCGACUCAGACAAGCGGACGCGGUACGAUAAAAUAACAAGGAAAACACCUGCCAGUCUGUUUCUGGGUGGUCAACGACAACCAUCACAUCAUGAAAACCGAAUAAUCUUCCGGAGCAACAAUGGACACAAACUCGGUGAUGUCUGCGGAUCACAGCACCUCCACAGAAGUACUUCUAGAAAAAAUUGUGAGCGGUGACACAAUCGAAUUAACAGACGUGUCACUGGAGACCGAAGGAUUGUACCACUGUGAGAAGUGCGAGCAGAAUUUUCCCGACAGCAAUCUUUUUUCGUCUCAUCCUUGCCUCGUUUCACCUUCAACUUCCACCGCUCCACACAUGCUGACGUCGGAGGAGGCUGUAGUAAAGACUCAUUCGGACUUAUACAGGUGUCCGCUGUGCGACGAGACCUUCCCGCUUCCCAGCUCCUUGAAGAGACACUUUAGGAGCCAUGCGGUGGAGCCGGCAGGCCCGGUGCAUUGUUCAGAACCGGGCUGCCAGUUCACGGGUGCAGACCGACGGGAGUACCAGACGCACCUGCGCGUCACUCACUCUCUGAAGCUCGUCCCCUGCGCGCUCCGCUCCUGUUGCCUGGCGUUCCGUACAGCGGAAGAGAUGGAGAAACACCGCCGCAGCCACAUGCCUUUCCACUGCACCCAGUGCGACUUCACAACCGCAAACGCCAAGCAGUUUGGCGAGCACUGUCGGAGGAGUCACCGACCUGGCGCUGGCGAUGAAAGGGACAAAGCUGACGACACCGAGAAAAUGGAGGCUUGCUCAAGAGGGCCGGAGUCGCGUGAGGACAGGCUGUGUGUACGAGGGAGACGGAGAAGGUCCCCGACCAACACUCCUCCUACUGCCGAUGGGUCUCAAGAGGAGGAGGAGGAGGAGGAGGAGGAAGAGGAGGAGGAGCACGAGCAGCGCAGCAGAAAAAAAGCGAGAGAAGAGAAGCUGGGGGCUGGGAUUACAGCGACCGCAGGCUCCGAAUGUCACGUAGCCGAGGGCUCGGAGCACCUCUUCCGCACGCACAUCUGCCCUGAGUGCCGGCGCUGCUUUAAGAAGCGCACCCACCUGCUGGAGCACCUGCACCUGCACUUCCCCGACCCGCGGCUGCAGUGCCCCACCUGCCUGCACUUCUUCACCAGCCGGAGCAAGCUGCGUGUGCACCUGCUCCGCGAGGCGGGCACCAAGCCGCACCGCUGCCCCCUGUGCAGCUACCGCGCCGUGGAGCGCAACUCCCUGCGCCGGCACCUGUCCAGCGUCCACGGGCAGGAGGCGCAGGAGGACUACCCCUGCCCCAGCUGCGGCAAGACCUUCCGCCUCAGCCGCGCCCUGAAGGCGCACAUGAAGACGCACCGCUCGGCGCCCGGCGCCCGGCCCAUCCGCUGCUUCCAGGAGGGCUGCGCCUUCGAGAGCGCCGACCGCAGGGAGCUGCAGCGGCACGCGGGCGAGGCCCACGGGCUGCGGGCCGUGGAGUGCAGCCACCACGCGUGCGCGGCCGUGUUCGGGAGCCGGGAGGCCAUGGAGCAGCACCUGCGCACGCACCAGGCCUUCCACUGCCCGCUCUGCCCCUUCUCCUGCUCCAACAAGAGCCGCUUCCAGCAGCACAAGCGCCAGGGCCACCCCGGCCCCCAGGAGCUGCGCUGCACGUUCUGCCCCUUCACCACCUUCAACCCCGUGGAGUUCAGCGCCCACCUGGGCCGCCUGCACGCCAACGAGAAGACCCACCGCUGCACACAGUGCGGCUUCGUCACCGCACACAAGCGCGUGCUGGGCAGGCACAUGCUCCUGCACACCGGUGAAAAGCCCCACAAGUGCAAGCUGUGUAAUUUCCGGUGUAGGGAUGAGACGUAUCUCUCUAAGCACAUGUUGACACACUCUGACGAUAAGAACCACAUGUGUUCAGAGUGUGGCUACGUCACCAAGUGGAAACACUACCUCAAUGUGCACAUGCGCAAGCAUGCGGGAGACCUCCGGUACCAGUGUGACCAGUGUUCGUACCGCUGUCACCGUGCCGACCAGCUGAGCAGCCACAAGCUGCGGCACCAGGAGAAGUCUCUGAUGUGCGAGGUGUGCGCCUUCUCCUGCAAGCGCAAGUACGAGCUGCGCCGGCACAUGCAGCAGAGGCACGCGCAGGGCGGGGAGUACCAGCCGCCCGUCUUCCAGUGCACGUACUGCCCCUACCGCACGCAGUACCGCCAGGCGCUGCACAACCACGAGAACUGCAAGCACACGCGUCAGCGGGCCUUCCGCUGCGCGCUCUGCUCCUACUGCACCUACAGCAGCCCCAGCCUGUUCCUGCACAAGCGCAAGGCGCACGGCUACCUGCCCGGCGACACGGCCUGGCUGCAGCGCUACGCCCAGCGGGAGCGCGAGAACGCCGCCGCCGCCGCGUCCCAGGGCUUCUGCCCCGCGGGGGGGAGCGGGGGGGACCCCCACCGCGCGGCGGGGGAACCGCCAAACACGGGCGGGAGGGACUGCGUUUUUGAGGUCGCUGGUUUUGGUCCCGGCGCAGGCCAGGAGGAAAAUGUCCCGGAUGCUCAGGGCAGUUCUGUCACCGCGAACCGAGAGGCGUCCGUCACUGGAGUGCAGCCGCACGGCGAAUUGGUCGAUGAGCAGGAGGAGUGCUGCACUCUAGUUCUGACCCCCGUGGCGAGUGGCGAAUGCGCGGAUGUGGUUGGUAUGCCCGGCGACACUGAGAAGGUGGGGGGAGCCGGUUUAGAGAGACCGCUCAGCGACCCGGCUCAAAGGCUCGCAGAGGAAGACCAGGCCUCCGUGGAGGACUGCGAGGAGCAGAGCGAUGAAGAGGGAGGCAGAGCUCCCAGUGAGGCGGGGAGUAAGGGGGGGGCACAGGGCGUGGCAGGAGGGGCUGCCCCGGGCCGCACUCCGGGGGUAGAGGGGGACGGGCCUCUCUCAGGACCGGCGGAGGGGCCCUUGGGCUCGGAGGGCCUCCUGAAGGCGCUGAAGCGGCGGGACAGGGAGCAGGCGGAGGCGCUGGUGCUGGAGGGCCGGGUGCAGAUGCUGCUGGUGCAGACCAAGGCGCGGGUGUACCGCUGUGCCCGCUGCCCCUGUGUGACGCGCACGCAGGCGUCCCUCGCCCAGCACUGCCGCUCCGCCUGCACGGCACGCCAGCUCCCGCUCCGCUGCCCGGACUGCGGCGCCCAGUUCAAACAGCAGCGGGGCCUGGACACGCACGGGCGCAGGAAGUGCCCCGUCACCCUCAGGCAGCGCCGCAGGGUCCCCCUCCCCGCGGCUGGCCAGGGCGGGGCAGCGCCUCCCGGAGAAACCACACCCCCGGGUCGUCAGUCAGGCUCUGUUGCCCACGGUAACGAGACCAGCGAGCCGGCAGCCGCCCCGCCUCAGCCUGGGACAGAGGAGGAAACGCCCAGCGCCGCUGGAGCCCGCCCCACGCCCCGGGAGGAGGACAGAGAGAGGACCACGACUACAGACCCAACGGAGCCAGAUUCUGCCCUCAAGUCCUCCAUGUUGGAGGGUGUAUUGAGAUACAGGGAAGAGGGUGGCAGGUUCAAAUGUAUCCGGUGCUCCUUCACUUCCGGUAGGCUCACCACCAUAGAGAGGCACUGCACCGCUUGCACAGUUAAAACCUUGAAGCAAAAGGGCGGCAGAAACUCGGAGAAACACAAACCGCUCAAGUCUGCGGAAACGGAGGAGGACGACGACGAUGGUGAUGAAGACUACGGGAGUGAGGAAGGAGGGGAGGAGCGCACGGGCGGACUGGCGAAGGACAGGAAGUCCCCCGCACGCCUCGCCUGCCCCAGCUGUCCUUUCCUGUGCCAUCAGAAGAGGGCGCUAGACCGCCACCGAGCAAGAGGCUGCCUGAAGCCGGGUGACGUCCAGUGCGGGCUCUGCUCGUUCGUGGCCAAAUCGCGGGAGACCCUGGAACGGCACGCGCGGGUCCACGGCGGGAAGAAGCCUGCAGCGGCCCGGGGCAGCAGGGCCCGCCUCCAGUGUGAGCUGUGCUCCUUCACCUGCAAGCAGGCCCGCUGCCUGCUGCAGCACGUGGCCCUCAAACACCAGGGCGCCAAGCCCCACGCCUGCCGCUUCUGCGGCUUCAGCACCACGCGCCGCUACCGGCUGGAGGCCCACGAGUCCCUGCACACGGGCGUGGGCCGGCACGCCUGCCCCCAGUGCCGGCAGACCUUCGGCACCACGUCCAAACUGCGGCUGCACCGGCAGCGCGUCCACGAGCGCCGGCCCACGCACUUCUGCCCCGCCUGCGACUACAGCGGCUACAGCCCCAACGACGUCAGCCGCCACACCCUCAGCUGCCACACGGGGGCGCUGUCCCACGCCUGCGCCCUGUGCUCCGCCCGCUUCAGCUCCGACACCGCCCUGAAGCAGCACCGCCUACGGCUGCACCAGGAGCCCCGGACCCUGGCCUGCCCCGGCUGCCCCUUCACCUGCCGCAGCCAGGCCACGCUGAAGGCCCACGCCCUCCGCCAGCACCCCCAGCUCCAGUGCCCCGUCUGCAGCGAGCGCUUCGACACCCGCCCGGCGCUGGAGGAGCACCGCAAGACGCACUUCGCCCAGCGGUGCCCGUGCUGCCCGUUCGCCGCCCGUGAAAAGCAGGCCCUGGCGCAGCACCUGCUGGACCAGCACGAGGAGGGCCCCCCGGAGGACCAGCCCCUGAAGUGCACGGCGUGCGACUUCCGCUGCCGCCACCAGCUGGUGUUCCAGCAGCACGUGCGUUCCCAUGGCGGCGCCCGGCUCUAUCAGUGCACCGACUGUCAGUACUCCACCCGCAACCGGCAGAAGAUCACCUGGCACUCGCGCGUGCACACCGGGGAGAAGCCGUACCGCUGCGAGCAAUGCAGCUACGCCUGCGCUGACCCCUCACGCCUCAAGUACCACAUGAGGAUUCAUCAGGAGGAGCGGAAGUACCUCUGUCCCGAGUGUGGCUACAAGUGCAAGUGGGUCAACCAGCUGAAGUACCACAUGACCAAACACACGGGAGCGAAGCCGUACGCGUGCGAGGAGUGCGAGUACCGCACCAACCGCGCGGACGCCCUGCGCAUCCACCGCGACACCCGGCACCGCGAGGCGCGCGGCUUCAUCUGCGAGGAGUGCGGCAAGGGCUUCAAGACCCGCUUCCUGCUGCAGACGCACCAGCGCAAGCACAGCGAGGCGCGGCCCUACGUCUGCAAGGUCUGCCGCAGGGGAUUCCGCUGGCCCGCGGGCCUCCGGCACCACUACCUCACCCACACCCAGAGCCAGCCCUUCCACUGCCUGCACUGCACCUACACCGCCAAGCAGAAGUUCCAGGUGGUGAAGCACCUGAGGAGACACCACCCCGACCAGCCUGUGGAGGAGGGGGUGGGCAGGGACCCCGGGCCCCACACAGUGUCCCUGCAGGAGGCCCGUCUGGAGCCUGGGCAGGAGGGGCCACAGGGGGAGGGGCCACAGGGGCAGGGGGUGGAACCAGACACAGCCAAUCAGGGAGAGGAACCGUAGAGCCCUGCAGUCACACAUUUUUAUUUUUAAAACUGCUCAACUGUAUGGGCCUGCAGGUUCUGCCACAAUGCAAUAAUGCUUGUAAAUAAGGUAUAAAUACUUAAAUACUCAGACGUCUAUACACUGUUGCACAACACACUAAAUUAACACUUACAGGAUACCUCUUUUAUUGAAGGGCAGUAUCUACCACUCAGUGUAGCAGCUGACAACCUUGUCUCUGUUAUGGAAUCUUAUUGUUUUUUCAAUUUGUGUUCAGUAAUGUAUUAAUUUGGUGCCAGUACACUCAUCUUUAUAUUAUUCAUUAGUUGUUUUUAUAUCAUUAGCUGUGUAAAUGGACACUUGGGAGUCCAUGGCUACACGCACAGAAACACCUGAGUUCACAUUUAAAUGUGUAGAUCAUAAUAGGGAUUGAUAUACUCAUUGUGCUUCUUUGGUGUAAGUCCCCAGUGUACAUGCCACUCAAAAACUGUUUACAGAAGAGUUCUCGCUGCCUGUUGUAUGAUUAUGUUUCACACAGAGGUCAGUUUCAGAACUGGAUUGAUACACAGGAUCUGCUCUUGCUUUGUUAUAAAAGUGCAUCAUUAUCUGAUAGGUACUCUGUUUAUUAUUUGUGUUAGGAGUUUUUCUCACGUAUUUUGUAUUUAUUGUAAAAUUGUCUGGUUUGUAGAAGCUACUUGAUUUGCUGUGUGUUCAUGAGUGUAAUCCUACUGACUGUAUAUUUGGGUAUUUGGAGGAUGACACUAAAUGUAACUUUUGGCCAGUUAAUCUUUAAUGGUAUGGUUAUGAGUUUACAUGCAUCAUGAAAUAAUGCAUGAAAUAAGGUCAUGAAAGCUGCUGUUGUACAUUGGUUGUGUGUUUCUGAGGCUGAAGUAUAGCCUGAGUUUUGAAGUGCUUACCCAGUCUUAUUAUUAAGGAAAAGGUGUUUAAUUUAUUACAGUGCACAUUUGAUUAAGUUGUCCAAUAAUUAAUAAAAUGUGCAUAGUAUUAACUGAAAAUCGAGCAAACGCACUGUGGGAACAUGUCUGUGACAUUAUUGCAUUUAGUCCAAGGCUGAAAGUUCAGUGCAGGAUUGUGCAAAUUAAGCAUACUGUAUUAUUCCUGCUGACACAUUGGCUCUUGUAAAGAACCACACAAACAAGCUUUCUACUAAUUGUGCUCCAUAAAGUUCUACGCAAACAUUCUGCUUAAACACCAUGAUAGUUCCAGAGGGAAGUGCCAUUUUAUAGCUGCAAGCCAAGUAAAAGUGAAUAGCCUAGCUUUGGUAGAAAUGAAU